AUGGAUCUGGUUUUCCCAAGGUACGCUGUCUUACACACAGAGGUAAAUACGUGCGUACUGGUCGAAAGCAGCGGGAUUUUUGUAGGGGAAAGAUCACAGGACGGGGGAUCAUACUAGCCCGCGUAAAAUUCCGAAUCAACCAUCAUCUAAGAAGCCGAAGCAGCCAGAGUCGUCCAAAGUUGAUGACAAACCUGGACAGGCUCAUUCCAAUAACCCAUCCACAGACCCAUCGAUCGCCGGGAUCCUCCAGCAGACCGUCAAAAAAUCGGGUGAUCUCACAGGCCCAGCUAUGGAGAAGAUUCUUCGAGGAGCAACCUGGCAACAGGCGGCAGGUAAAGAUCACAUAUAG